AAGGGAGUGGACGGCCGAGUUUGGAGCAAUGGCGUCGUCUCCGUGAAAGAUGGAUGACACAGAGGCAGAUAUUAAGGUGGAGGCAGGGGGGGAGGGGACCUGGGGAGUGCGCCCCCAAGACCCUCUGCUUGUUCCCACUGCAGUUCUCCUGGCCAGGCGGGAAGUGCCAACACGAUAUCCAAGGGCCACAAUAAACCAGUUGCACAGAGCAACUGAAGAAACUCUGGUGUACCGGCAACAUGCUCAGCUAUCUUGCCAACUCCCUGGUGCCCCAAAGUCAACUUUUUUGAUGGUGUUUAGCCCAGAUGGGUCAAAGGUGGCAUCAACCCAUGGUGACCAUAAUAUCUAUGUAAGUGAGGUGAAAACUGGACGGUGUAUCUGCACCCUGGAAGGUCAUCCCAGAACCCCCUGGUGUGUAGCUUUCCAUCCUGCCUCUAAUGAAAUAAUUGCCUCUGGAUGUCUAGGUGGGGAAGUUAGAGUCUGGGAUCUGAAGGGAGGUAGUGAAGUUUGGACCACAGAGAAAAACACAGUCAUCGCAUCACUAGCCUUCCACCCGACAGAUCAAGUACUUGUCAUCGCAACCUUUAAUGAAAUCUAUUUUUGGGAUUGGUUUCAACCUCACCCUUUUGCUAAAAUAUCUACUGCAGAUGAAAAAGAGAAAGUUAGGUACGUUAAGUUUGAUCCACUUGGUCACAAACUCAUCACUGGCAUUGCAAACACAUCCCAUGAUCGGCAGAGCCAUGGGGCUAGUAGAACCAGUGGAUGCACAAAUGGAUCAUUCCCUUCACAUUCAGAAUUAGUGGAAAGGGAGCAGCAGCUUUCACAUCGUUACAACCAAUUAUCAAGCCAGUAUCUUAACCUGAUGUCAAGAUAUGAAGCCCUUACCAGCAGAAAUUUCAAUAAUGUGUCGAGAACAUCCAGUAGGAUUGAUAGGGGUACAGACCCCAUAGAUCCUCCGCCAACACAAGGGCAACAAGCUCUGCUCAAUCAGGCUAGACAGUUUGCAAGACAGGUGACUGAGGAGAGGAGAGCAACUUUACAAAGUCAGGAAUCAACAGGUGAAAUGCCAAGGAACAGAACCACAUGGGGGUCCCAAGACUCACAUUCUGGACGGGAUUCACAAGCCACUAGUGACCUACAUGUAAGACUGGAGGAGGACUAUGGUCUUAGUGCAGUGCGGACUCUGAGACAGAUCAUUAGUGAUGAUAGUGCAUCAUCUUCAAGUUUAGAUUCCAGCUCAUCUGCAACGAGUAGCACAAGUGGAAUCUCUGAGAGAAAUACUCGUCUUUCACUCCUGUGGACCUCAAGGCUUCACCGACCAGGGCAGGAUUCUGACAGUGCUGGAGAGGCUUCUAGUGUACAGAGUUUAUGGGAUAAUGCUGUCAGCGGGAUGGGGGACCUCCGAGCACCAAUGGGUGGGGAGGAAGGGGUUACAGGUAGUAGGAGAGGAGACAAUUUUGUUCUUGAUCGUAGGAAUUACAGACGAACUGAGGAUAGAGGCAGUGAUGAGGACGAUGUAACAGUAGGUCCUGCUGGGUUAAAUCUUCGAUCAACAGGGUCGCAAUCGGAGCGUCAAGGUACCCUUUGGGGUUACUUCACUAGUAAUGGUUCUGUGAUCCAACCAGGACGCUCAAGAGUGCCUAGGGAAAGCAGAAGUGAAACUGAAAUUGAAAACAGUGGUAAUAAUACUACUGAAAAUGUUAUUGGUAAUGAUGAACCAGAAAACUCACAAGAGAGGACAGUGCAACAAAGAGUUGAAAACAAUGGUGCACCUUCUAGUGAUGCACAUAUACUCUCUCAAAGCACAGGAACAGCUCCUCCAACAAGGGGAACAGAUCCUGUGAGACUCAGUAACACUGGUGAAAUUCCUCCAAGUGAUGCUAAUGAGGAUCUUGCAGUGCCUGGGCCAUCAGGGUUGUCUGGAAUGCCACGCUCUCAGAUGUCUUCACUUUCUUCUGCGACGAGGUAUCCAAGGUCUUCGUCAUUAGAUCCACAAUUUGGAGUACAACUUCUUAGUCGUCACAUUGAGAAUAUGCAAAGAAUAUGCAGAGCACAUUUAGAAAUAACGAGGCAUAGACAUGAGAUACUUCGCCUUCAGCAGAUUCGGUCUAUGUUAUAUGAUAUCCAGCACCAGAUACAUUCUCUGAGGGUUUCUGUUGAUCAGUCUAUGGAGGAUUUAAAUGGACCAUCAGCAGACAGUCCUCCCACAACCAGCCAGAGGGUUGGUAUUCCUAAUGAAGAUGACCCUAGUGCUCAGCCACCCAGCCUUGGUUCUAGUGAUAAUGCAUCCUCGUUGCCCCUGAUUCGUCACUGGUCCAGAACAAGCCCAAGGACUGUGGCCCGGCUGCAACGGGGACCUUUUGGAACUAGAACACGCUCCAGACAUUCCCACAGACCCUGGGUGAUGUCUCCAUGCAUGCUUCGUCGCAUUCCUCGUCGCCGUGCUGUCCGCACUCGUCUUACCCUCCCUGGGCUAUCUGCAUCCCAUCAUGGAGCUAGUGGAGCACUGGGAGGAGGGCUGGACAGGACAACCUCUCCAACAAGAGGAUUAAUAGAACCUGGAGCUUCAGCAUCAGGCACUGGAGCAGUGAUUGGCCCUCUGCCAACGCCACCACCUGAUCAAGGAGAUUCUGAGGAACAACCAAGGGAUAUCGUGCGCAUUAUAUCUGGCAACCAAUAUGGUGCACACACUCGCACACAUCCCCAGAUAUUACAUCAUUCGUUUGAGCGACUUCAGGAACGAUUACGAGAAAGACAAGAAGCGUUAGAACAGCAGGAGAGACGUCUACAAGGCUUCCUGAAUGCAUCAUCGCCUGCUUCAUCUACAACAUCAUCUGUGACUUCAUCUGCAUCCCAGGAUCAUGAAGAAGACCCACCAAGUCCUCCAGAACAAUAUCGUCGAGCUGGACCCCCAACUACAUCUUUAGCAUCAAGAAUUGCGAAUAUGAUCGCUCAUCAAGUUGCAAAUGGUGCCAGUACAAGUACUGCUAGUUCAGAUCAUGAAGGCACAAAUAACCAAACUGAAACAUCUGAAACCCCCACAACCAUGACUGAUAGAUCAGCAACUCGUGCAUUAAAUAGGAAUACAUCAGGAUCAACAUCUAGGUCCCCAGCAAGUUCAACACGUAGACCCACACAUCGGUCAUCAGACAGGCCACUGAGUGUGCCAGAUAGACCCCCUGUAGAGCCAUCCUCAAGUUCAUUUGACAGAUUGAAUGAAAGGAGGCUAAGUGGGAGAAGUGAUGGGCCAUAUGAUAGACUGUCAGACAGGUGGUCAGAUUUGGACAAUAAUGGGCUGCCAUUGAGAAGCUGUAUUAGGCAGCAUGGUAGAAAUAGUGAGAGAUUGUCAGAAAGAACAAUGGAAUCAGCAAGUCCAUGGGGUGGGCUUCCCCCUUCUCGAAUGUCUGUUCCUCCUGGACCUCCACCAACAGUACCACCGCCUUUGCCUCAGUUGGAUGAGACUGAGGCCCAAAGCAACGAUUUGAAUAAUAACUCUAGUCCAUGGCACAAUGCAAGGCGUCGAUUACGACAAGACAUAAUGAAUGCAAGGAGAGAUUCGGUUGGUCGUCUCCCUGGGAACUCUGGAGGUCCCGUACGUUUACCCAUGGCAGCUCUUAGGUCACGUCACAUUACUACUGAGCGAAUUUUAUUAAGGGAAGGACUCCGAAGGGAGAGAAGAGAUCGUUACAGGCAAAUUCUGCAGAGAAUGGCUGACCGCUUGAACAGUCUUGUAAACCAAGAACAAGAGCAGCAGCAGCAGAGGCAGCAGGAAAGGCAUCAGUCCUCAGACUCUGCCGAGGGAGAGCAAGAUAGUUCUAGCAGUUCAAUGGAUAACCACAUGCAGAAUUUACGGUUAUUAGUUCGAUUGGCACUUAACCUUAUCUACCAACUUCUGAAUUUCAUUUGCAACCAAAACAUAUCGUAUGAGGAGCGUCCCAUUUCAAGACUCCCUAAUCCAUUCCGAGAUGAGGAGUUGGGUGCAAUUGGGGAGAGACAAAGAGGGGAUCUUCCCCCACCUAUGAGUUUGGAUCUAGAGCCUGGUCUUCACAAUUUAACAACUCUUCUGGAAACUGUACGUAUGGCUAGUGAAGAAUUAAGAAAUGAUGGAGUAGGAGGCAGUGCAGGAGAACCUGCCCCACCACCGGAUAGCACAAGACCCAUAACAAAUGUCCCAAGACGGCUAACAGACUUCCUGAGACGAUCAGGAACUUUGGCACGUCAGCAGGACCAAAACAAUAGGCAAUCUGGUUGGAGUGGCAGCUCUGGUGCAAACACUCCUCGGCCACACUUGGUGAUACCAAGAAUCACUCUCAGUGACCCCAAUGGGAGUGAGAGUCAAGUAGAGGAGGAGAAUGCGGCAGCAGCACUAGUCUCAUCAUCAGCCUACAAUGAUGCUGCAGAAUUUAGUACAAGGUCUGUGGCAGGUGUGCCAUUAAGGGUGCUUGGACGUCAGUAUGCAGUAGACAGACGAAGCCCAGACUCUGAGGAUUCUCCAGGUCCUCCUGAUGGGGUUCAAGAGGGGCCAAGCCAGCCUUCAGAUCCACUAUUCCCAUGGAGAGGUCUUGCUCCCUAUGAAAGUGGGCCACUAAGAGGAGCUGGAGCAGACAUGAGCUUCCGUCCGAAUUUAACCAGGGCACCACCAGAUCGAGCGGCUGAAAGAGAAUCUGAUAAUUUUUUUAGUAGACCUUACUUUGCACAGAACUUUGCAGCAACAAGGAACAUGUCUGCAUCAGUGGUUACACAUCGCAUUCAGGCUUGGGACUUUACGCAUUAUAAUAUUCCUGAAAUUUCUGACAGUGCUGCUAACGUGGUGGUUAGAAAAUGUAAAAUCCACAAUGAUGCAAGUGUUGAUAUCUCCAUUGAUGGAACCAUGUUGGCUGCCCUUGUGCCAGAGAGCCAGGCCAUGACCAUGGUCGGUGUAUACAGCUUAAGAGAAAAGUCGCGUGGACAACUUCUCUAUAGCUAUAUUUUUGCACCAAAUACCAUCUGUGUCAGCCUCUCUCCUGUGGCACGGCAUUUAGUUGUUGGAUUUGCAUCACACACGCCACGAUUUGUUUCACAUCAUAACACCAAGCAGGUUGUCGCACAAAUUUACAAGUUAUGUGACAAUCCUAUGUUCUAUGGCCGAGGACAAGCUGGACACCUACAGUUUCUGAGAGAUAUAGAAGUAAUGAGUGAUCACCGGCACACAUCUUUGAAUUGCAUACGAUGGCUCCCGUACCCAGGCCAAGGGCUUAUCUACGGCACCAACAGGGGACAGUUAAAUAUCCUACGUUGAUCCAGCGGUUUGUGUUGGUCUGCAAGCUUGAUUCAUAAAAGUUUCACUCAUGCAAGCAUUGUGAAACAGUAGUCCAUCAUACCCCAUUAACAAUACAAAGACCUGUGAUAUAUGAAAUUGUCACUGUAAUAGUAACGUAUCUCCAGGUUGAUGUACUUUUCUUUUUAUUUUUUUUUUAUUGGAGGGCAGUAAUUCAGUUUACAUAUAUAUUUAUUUGUCUUAAGCAUUACUUAGAGUCUAGGUUUAAUUGCUAUUGAAAUUUACAGAUAGUACUGUAAAUUUAUUCUUUUAGACCAGAUAACUUUCUGUUGUUGAAAUGUUUGUGUUUUAUGAAACUUGUUAACCACCAGAAGGAUCAGAAGUAGCAUAGUAUAUGUUCAGAAGAAGACCACUUUUUGUAUCCUUUUCCCUUUAGUAUGAUGGGUUUGCAGAUUUAAGAUUGUAAAUUGGAUUACUCUUUCUACAUGAUCAUUACUGUGUAUGGUAGGUAUUUAUUUAAUGUUAAACAUUGCAAUGAACAUUUAAGUUAUUUAUGUGCCAUAUAGAUAUGGAGAAUGUUAUUAGAAUGUAUACAAUGUAAAGAUAUUUUAUGUUUUAGAUCCAUCAGAAGGAGCAAUGAUUUUUUAAGGAGACAAAAAACAAAAACAAAAACAAAAAAACCAAAAAACAAAAACAAAAACAAAACAAAAAAGUUAACAAAUUUUUCAUGUUAAGAUAAAUAGGAUAUUAGUAUUUACAAGUAUCACUGAAUUAUCUGUAUACUGAUAUACACACUGUAUACGGUAAUAGAGGAAAAUAUUAAACUAGAUUUACAUAUCUUGUUUGAAAGUUUAAUAUUUUUUGUGUUGUUAAAUGCAUAUAUAUUUUUUCUUGUUUUAUUUAAUCAUCUUAUAAUGCAACUGCUUACAUUGUCAUUGGUCAGUAAUAUAUGGUGGAGAUGUGUAAAUGAAUUUUAAAUAGUACCAAAGAUUUGUUUUAUCUUUCUGUCUUUUUCCUGGACUUAUCUAUUAGAUAUUUCCACAGUUGUUAACAGGAAAUGACACACCACCCCACAGUUUAUCCUCACUGCUUAUACAGGAGAAUGUAUAUAAAUUAUCAGUACCAGUGGAAUACAAGUUAUUUACUCUUUUUAUAUGAUUUAUAAUUUCCUAUUCCAAUAGAACUAUGCUUUUGGAGUAUUAUGACUGGAAUUAAAAUCCUGAGACCAUCCCACAUAUAUUUAAAUACAAAAGUUUAGUUUGUUUCCACACUUUUAGGCCUACAGUUUGUUUCUUCAUCUCUAUGUUCUUGUAACAGAAUUACAUGCACUAGAGUAAUUUUAGAUAAAAGUGCAUGUUUGGGUUCAAGUUACAUUGAGGUUAUGGCACAAUGAUGUUUACAUAUUCUUUGUUUGUAGGAUUUUUUUUUCUUUUCUUUUCUUUUCCCUUUCUCUUCUUUUCUUUCAUUUUUUUCUUGUCCUUAGGCUGUAUUUUCAUGUGUUAUAUGUGUGGGCAAUAUUUCAUCUCUGUUUCACUUCUGUGCUUAUACAGGAAAUUGUAUUUAAGUAUCAUUACCAGUGAGGUGGAAUAUAUUUUCCCUUUUAUAUGUAAUGUAUUAUUUUCCUUUUACACAGAAUCAUGCUAUGGGUUUAUAAGAACAUGAUACUGCAUUUAAAGGCCAAGUUACUCUUAUUGCCUGAUUUUUAACUCAAUAGUUGCAUUAUUCAUAAAGAUGAAUUAUUAGUGUGUUAUUCAGCAACUAGAAGGAUUUAUAGCUAGUUAUAUUUCUGUUGUGGUUUUUUGUCAUAAAUAUAAUUUAUUUUGUUACUUGGUUGUUUGACUUGACAAAGUAAUACUGCAUUAUUUAUAAACCUAAAAGGCCAUGUAUACACAAACAUUAGCACCAAAUUUCAUUAUAGCUGCCAGUGACCAGGUUAGUGAACACCACAGAUUUUCUGUGUUGGGAUUGCAGUUCUCAGCAAGUUUACUGGGAAAGAAGUUGCUGAUCAUGCUAUCCUUGUUACUCAUAUUUCAUAAUAUUCAUUAUUGACAUAUACGAAUUCACAGGUGCAGCCAAGGUCAUAUGUUUCUUAACACUGGGAUCAGGGAUGGAUGGCAACCUAGGAAAAGAUGUUUUUUACCCAGUGCUAAUGGGAGCUUCAUGCACUAAGAUGGAUCACACACUGGGCGAAUUCAGCUACUCAAGGGAAAAUUAGGAGCAUGUAAUUUUCCCUAUCUCUUUGUGUUUGGCUAAAGCAUAUAUACUUAUAAAAUGAACGAGGCUAAAAUGUGACUUCAAGCCUACUUUUGAAUGGCUGUAGCUCCGCAAUCCUUGCAGCAAUGGCCAAACAAGCUAAGAACUGUUUAGUGCAAACAACUUGCAGUGGGCUCAGCAUGUGUGGCAUAGGUGUACAUUCCACCCUAAAAAGAAGUCCAGCCAUGCCAUGGCGUAUAUAUACAUGCCACCCAUUGGCAAAGAAUUAGUGAAUGAAAGAGUGAAUGAAAGAAUCCACAUGUUUUUAAUGAAUGAAAGAAUAUAUUAAUUGCAUGCCCAAGAUCUUAGCUUAAAGAUUAGCUGGAAAAGAUAUUCUCUUUAUGAAAUAUUGAGUAAUACACAAUGUAAUCUGUUUAUGGAACUAUUAAGUUACAAUUAUCAACAAAAAUGGCAAAUCAGUAAGAAAUAAAAAACAGUAAAUGUAAGGAAGAUGAAGAUCUUGUGAAUUUAUGCAUCGUAUAUUAAGUCCAUUAGUCUACAGUCCACUGUAAGUCUUGAGGGCAAAGGAAAACUCAUAAUAUCUUCUACUGUUCCCUUUCAAAAGAUAGAUCAUCAUCCUUAAAUGAAUGCCUGAGUCCAUGGCUAUGGUCUAGACUUUGUAACAGUUUCGAAGGUCUGUAUGUGUUUUUGUGGCUAUAGCUUGUGGCAUGAUGGUAUGUAACCAUGGGAAGUCAUAUCUUGUAUAUAAACUAUGAAUAUGGUUUCACCUAGCUAUUUCAAUGAUUUUAUAUUAUUUUCUGUUGAACAUGUGCUAUAAUUCAGAUGUAUUUCCUCUCCUUUAAUUCCCCUCCAGUGUCUAAUACAGUUGAACACUGUGUGAUGAUGUCCAGUUAACAUUAUUUUUGUUUUCACUUGCAAGUGAAAAAAUACAUUUUAAACUCCUGUAACACCAGACAGGCAAAACUAUAUUGUACUUUUAUUGCAGACAUGAAAUUUCACUUACUGUUUCAGUUAAAGCUGUGCUUUUCUGAAAUAUAACCCCAAUGCUAAAUGAGGUACGAUAAUGACCUAAAUUAGUGUUAUGUAUAUAAUGUUUUAUUUUCACUGACAAUAAUUUUUUUGUUGAUUGAAGUAUAACACUUGACAAAUGCUUCUCAGACUCUCAUCACAUUUAUAAUGACUAACCAUAAAUGUCUGCAUCCAUACAUAAAAAAUAUUAUUUACAGUGAUCACUAUACCUGUGUUGCCAGACAUCACCAAUGAAGACCAGGAAAUGUAGAGAAAUAUAUAACCACAACUGCACAUGUUCAAGUAUACACAGUGAUUAUAGCUAAGCAAUUACUCUUGCCUUACAUACAAGGGUUAUAUAUAUAUAUGUAUAUCUCGGCUUGUUUUAUGUUAAAUAUUUGUUUUUGUACGUAGGAGGAUACCACCGUAUGUAAAUGUUCAUAAUAUAUCCUGAGAUGGCCUUAGACUUCUAAAUUUCUUGCCCUUGAUGCCGUGUGUAUCUGAACUCUACUCUAGAGGUGGGUUGGUCUCUCUCAGAGAUAAUUAUCAGUAAGCCUGUUUCAUGAAGACUAACCAUCCCUUCAAGCACUAUAUGGGUGAUGUCAUGUUGAAUAAAAAAUAAUAGAAUAUGAA